AGGUCUGCAUACAUAUAGUCCUCUUCAGACUCUACUUGUAAGAUUAUACUCAAAAGUGAAUCUAGGAUUUUAAUUCUAUGGGUUCAACAUUUAAAGUUAUGGGUUCAUAUCUAUUAUUUAUUACUACAAUUUUAGUGAUUUUUUACACAUAAAUUUAUACUUCGCGUCAAAAGUGCCAAGUUCAGUUGAAUCCGAUAGUUAUAUGGUGCAUCCACCCCUGAUUAUACUGGACAUGUUGUUACUGUAUAAGCCAUCUUUUAAGGUCAAAAGUUGAGCUCAAAAUAAAAUUUAUUUUCCUAGUUGUGCAAGUGUCAAGUUUCAUUUUAUGGUCAGUCUUACUAUCCAUCAUAUCCAGUUCGAUUAGUACAUCCAUCACCUCGAAAUUGUUGGAAUGACACUCACAAUGAAGAAAUUAAAUGAGAUCAUUAAUGAAAGCCAACAUCUCAGGUCCUUGAAAUGUGUAUCACAUACAUUGAAAUUUACUGCCUUCUUCAAUUCAAGGUGAUCAGUUAAUGAUUCUACGUGAAAUGAAAUGACACGUAUAAGAAAAUUUCUCCUCCCUUUAUCUCAAAUGCUCAUACCGAGGUACUUGCGUUGCAUGGGAAAAUCAAGUAAAAUGAUAUUUCACAGCAAACCCUCAUGCAAUUUCACCCUAUAAAUAAACCCCAUUUAACCCUAAAACUUCAAACCACAACAAAAACCAAUAUAUCGGACAAUCCUCUUUUUGCCUUUAAUUUAACAAGCAGCUUAAAAAUGCCAAGCACAAUGGAAGAUGUCACUACAAAGACUGAAGUUGAACCAAAGAGUGCUAACACUGAAACAGAAAAGGAGAGUUCUGUUUGUGAAAAAUCUGAAAAGGAAAAGAAGGAGAAAUGUGACCAAGUUGAACUCAUAAAAGAGGAGGAAAUUCCAGUUGAAACUGAACCAAAAACUGGAGUUACUUUUCCUGUCAAACUACAAGAUGGGAAGUUAUUGAAAGCUGUUGGUUUAAGGAAGAAAAGCAUGCUUGGCAUAGGCCUCAAGAUAUAUGGCUUUGGAAUAUAUGCAGACAAUGAGAAAAUGAAGGAAUUAAUGCAGUCAAAAAUUGGGAACAAAGCACCAUCAAAACCAACAAAGGAAAUGUAUCAAAUGGUGAUUGAUAGUGAUUUUGGGAUGAUGGUGCGAUUGGUGAUAGUGUUUUCUGGGCUAUCAAUGAGUAUGGUCAGAAAGAAUUUUGAUGAAGGCCUUGGUGCAGCCAUAAAAAAACUCACUGGUGGCAAGAAUGAAGAUCUAACCAAAAAGAUCAUGGGUGAAGCAUCUGAUGACAUAAAGCUCACUUCUGGAUCAGUGAUUGAGAUUUCUAGGCUUCCUGGAUAUGUUCUUCAGACUAAAGUGAUGGGUGAGAUAGUGAGCAAGGUGGAAAGUGAACUACUGUGCAGGGCAUACAUUUACAUGUAUUUAGGUGAGGAUCCUUUUGACAAGGAAGCCAAGGACAAGUUUGGGACAUCCAUGCUCUCAAUGUUCUAAUUAAGUUGAGAAAUUUCAGCAAUUUUUAGAAAAUGUUAGGAAAUAAGUUGGUGUUUUGUUCGUGGAGAAAAAAACGCUGGGAAAUUAAAGUGGGGUUCUUUCACCUGUGGUCACUUUGUCUCUAGUUCAGCUAUAUAAUGUUAGCUUGAUAAUUUCAAUAAAAGAAUUACUUAGGAGAUACUAAUUGCUUUUGAAUUAAUUAAAUGCAGAAUGUGUUAGUUCAAAUGCGCAAAGCUUCAAUACUCAUAUCCCCUAACCCUCAGGAUCCCUCUCUCAAAUCACGCAGAGAGAGAGGUACAUAUAUAUUAUGUUGGGAAGCGUGUCAAGAUAAUAAAAAGAAAACGUAUUUAAGAGAAAAAAAUAAUAAAUUGCACAAGACAAGACAAGAUUUACGUGGUUCGGUAAUU